AUGCUGUACUAUGUAAACCUGAAUAUUCUGGAGAUCGAAAGACAUGCAAAGCUAGAUCUGGCUUUUUGGUUAUUCAAUAUUGACGAAUGUGCUAUAGAAGAGCAGAGGUGCUGUGUUAAUGCUGUCUGCAAAAAUACCAAAGGAUCGUACAACUAUAUUUGUAAACCUGGAUUUUCAGGGGACGGAUGGACCUGCAAAGAUUUCGACGAGUGUGGCACAGGAGCAUAUAACUGCAGCGCUGAUGCUGUAUGCAACAAUACCAAGGGGUCGUACAACUGCACAUGCAAACCUGGACAUUAUGGAAAUGGACACAUAUGCAAAGCCGUCGGGGUUUCAAGCUGCCAGGAAGCUUAUGACAAGAAAUUAAUAACUGUGAGCAGCAUCGUUACGCUUCAUAUAGACUCAAAGCUUACUUCCAUUUUCUGUCACGUGGGGGAUGUAGGAUGUGGAAAUGGAACGUGGACCCCAGUUAUGAAGAUUGAUGGUGACGAGCAAACAUUUCAUUAUGAUUCCAAUUACUGGAGAAACAAGGAGGAAUAUAAUCUUCCUGGAGGAGAGACUGGUUUUGAUAGAUUGGAGACCAAGUUACCGACCUAUUGGAACACAUCCUUCUCCAAGAUCUGUCUCGGUAUGACGAUUAACCAACAGCUCAGGUUCAUUGGCAUCGACAUGCAUGCCACUUCCCUGUACUCACUGAUCGCUGAUGGAAAACACCGCGCCACCUCAUUAGGUCGUGACAUGUGGAGGUCACUGAUUGGUCCUCAGGCCUCCUCGCAGAUUCAUUGCAACAAAGAAGGGUUUAAUAUUUUCUCAGAGCAACCAUACUGGAGGAAUAUAGUUGCUAAAGCAAGAAUCGGUUUUGUCACCAACAAUGUCAAUAACUGCGCUGAUGUCGAUACCAGAAUCGGCUUUGGUACAGGAGGACCGCAUGAUGACAACAACACGUGUGGAAUCGUUGCAGACAAGAGCGGUCUUGAUAAUGGGAGGAGGUUCAUUAAAGCCAUGGGGUACAUCUUGGUGCAGUGACGAGCGAAAACUGUACAUGCAGUGAUAAACAACGUCACCGUCAUUAUCUUUCAAAUACAAACUUAUUUAUUUGCCUUUUUACCCGAUAAAUUAAAAAUUUAUCCAUAGUUCAAUUCAUGGCGAGGUGACCUCGAGAGACCACCAGUUUAUAGUUAAAGUCACCUCAUAUUAAAUUCAAUUACC